GAAAUAAUAGGCUUAAAUAUAUACAUACAUACAUACAUACAUACAUAUGUAUAUAUGAGACCGUCUCUUCUAUUAAUUUGACUACAGCUGUACAUACAUUUUUCCAUAAAAUAAGUAAAUCCAACACACUCAAAAACAUGUUUGUAUUUUGUUUGACCCAUUUCUGGGUAAUUUUGUUUCUACAAAGUGAGUGUAGAACCAACAAACAGUGACGUAAUUUUUAGUCGAUCGCUGAUCGCCAAUAUUCAGCGAUUUUUCAUUUCGCUCUUUGCUGCAUUGGAUUGUUUUGAUUGAUAAAUUUGUGUUUUUUUGUUUUUGCAUUGAAUUUGUUUACUCACCAGCAAUGUACAUACAUACAUAUGUAUGUAUGCAUGAAUGUGGAUUUGUAUACACACGUACGUACAUAUGUUCGCAGAGAUUCUAUUUAGGUUACACAUUUUGGGCAUUGUAUUCCCCGAACUGAAUCUGCCUUUGCUAUAUUCCAAGCGAAUCCAUUCCAAUUCAGCGUUCAAAUGCAUUGAGCCCGGUCAGUGGCAAACGCAAGCGGCUCGAAAAGUAUUGGCUGUGGAUUUAAUGACAGCAGUUUUGCAGCAGCUGAAAUAAAAUUAAGCGAGUAUGUGUUACGUCAUCAUAACCGGAGGCAGUUUGGUGUGGUUUGUGCUGAGCCUGGUGGCCGACAUGCUAAUCGCGUCAGCGAUAGUCACACCUAAAUGGUUAAUCGGUCCGAAUCCAGCGUUUGUCAGUGUUGGUUCGAGCAUUUCCUCGCGUGUAACAAGCUCUUCCAUUCAAAACGAAACCCAAUUAAUGUUACCAAUACCCACGGUCCGUUAUCCGUCCGUGGGUAUUUACACACGCUGCAAAAUGAUGCACGGCUAUGGUUACCACUGCGGUCCCUUCGAUUUGGAUGGCUUCGCGACUGACAGCAAUGUUUACCCAUCCGCUUGGAAGGCCACGAUGUUCUUCAUGUCGUUGGGCUUCGCUGUGCACUCCAUAACGGUGGCGUUGACGCUGGUAACCUGCUGCCGACAGUCGGCUUUUGGCAAGAGCAUACACAACAUGACGGGUUGUGCACAAGUUGUAUCAGCAAUAAGCAUUAUGUUGGCGCUAUUUCUACAUCCAUUGGCUUGGGGAGCACCGCGUGUGCAGUUGCUAUGUGGCGCUGAUGCUGAGCCAUUCUAUCCAGCGGGUUGUUCUAUUGGUAUUUCCUUCUACUGUGCUGUGGCCGCUGCGGUACUUUGUUUCAUUUGCGCUGGCAUCAGUUUGAAAGCAGAGUCGUCCAAUAUGCGCAUGCGCGUAAAACGGCGAGUUGAAGAGGGCAAUCGUUUGGUGUGCAUUCCAUAAAACCUUUACUAGGUACUAGGACUCUUAAAGUUACUCUAAUAACCUUAAAACCUAUUAUUCGAAUAUGCGCUUUGUAACCGUUCAUAUGAAUAUUUACCGAUUAAUACUAUUCGAAUAGUGGCUCUGUUGUGAAUAUUUGAAAACACGAAAAAUGUUUAAAGUCCAAAUAGCCUUUGAUUUUUGCCUUCUUUAUAUUUGUGAAGAUGUCAAUUGUGCGCGUAUUUACUGCAAAAUUUUUAUAAACUUAUAUAUGUAUAUACAUACGUAGAAAAAAUUGUGGAAGUUGUACGCUUACUAUUCGAAUAGUCGAAAACGAAGAGUUAACCAGAUAGUCGAAAAUGAACGGUUCAUGGAAUAGUCGAAGAAUCUCCGGAUAAACCGAAUAUUCUUACCCGAUGAAUGCCCUAUCCGGUUAAUCUUGGUCGAAUACCAAGAGCCCUACUUUAAACUAUAUUUUUAAUUCUUCAAACAAGAAUCGGAAUAUUGCACAUCGAAUUUAUCGAAUAAAAUUACUGUGGUGUAAAUUAUUUAAUUUUUGUACAUUUUAAUAAUAUUAAGUUCCUUUAAUUUAGUAAUUUAGUUUAAACAUGGUAAACUAUCUCUUACACAAACUCAAGUGACAUGUUUGUUGUAUUGACCUAUAUACAUACAUACAUAAAUGUACUUACAUUAAAAGCAUCACAUGUGUAAUUUAUUUUAAGAUAAACAAAUGUAUAAGCAGCUCAUAAGAAAAGUUUCGAAUAAACGUCAUACAAGGUAUGCACCUUCAAUUGUAUAA